GGGGGCAGGUCGGGAGGAUUCUUAUGAGAGCCUGGAGUCUGGACAAAAGCUCGUACGUGGUCGUGCAUUCGCAAUUAGGAUGAUCGUCAUCCUGCAGCGAAGUACUGCCGGGCGUUUGAAUGCAAGGAUGAUGUGUCUGCGAUUCGCGGUGAGCCACAGGCUAGAGUAUCAAUAUGGUUAUGGAUUGACGGGCCGUAAGGGACAUGCUGGGGGGGUUUUGACACUCUUCUUAAUUGCUUACUGACCCCGAAAGCCUCAACCGUGGAUGAAUUGGCGGGUCUAUGCCACCGUCCCUUGACACAUAUCUUCAGCAUGGCACCGAAUUAUGGUCUGUUCUACGGGGUAGAGAUCACCACGUUGUGCGUGGCGAUCAUAUGCUUUACACUGCGUUUGUCGAAUCGCUAUGUGAAGAAGAUCAGCACCUUUGAUGAUGUCGUUCUCGCCAUUGCAACAUGUUUCUCGAUAUCCAUGACCGCAAUGGUAUGGCGACUAUAUGAGUUAGGCUACGCUUUGGACCUGGAAGAUGUUCCAGUGAAGAACGAAUACCCGAUCGGACGACUCAGCUUGGCACUGUUCUCCAUGUUCCCCAUGUGCUACAGUCUGAUUCGCAUCUCCAUCUUGUUCACGUAUCUUAAGCUGUUUCCGUCCCAAACCAACCGUUGGCUCUGCUGGGGUCUUUGUGGACUGCAGCUCGCCUAUGCGUUAUGGGCUGGACUGACCACGCUGCUCCAGUGCAGGCCCAUCAACGCCUACUGGAACAAGACGAUUGAAAAUGCUUUUUGCAACAGCCCGCGUAAUCAGGAUUACGCCAUCCUGGCAUUGAACAGUUCUUUCGAUAUCAUUGUGUACAUCUGGCCUGCACACUACUUGUACAAGCUCAAGCUACCGUUCAGGUCACGACUUGAGUUGAUACUUGCUUUCUCCGUCGGUCUUGUUAACCUCGGUCUCUCGUUCGCGCGUCUUUCCCUCCUCAUCACGAUGUACAGUACCCGAGAAUGGAUGCGAUACGGUCCACCAGGAGUGCUCAUUAUCAUUGUCGAGUCUCAUGUUGGCAUCACUUGCGCCUCUCUCCCUUACUUGAGGUUCCUCUUCGAAUUCGUUUCAUCAAACUACUUGUCAAAAUCCGGCUACGGCGCCACCAAGGAACCCACAAAAGUGAAGCACACUGAUCCUGGCAACGAGAAUCACCCUUUUGUUGAAUUACAGGGUCGGAGUGGGGGAGGAAUACAGAGGAAGACAGAUAUUGAAGUCAGCACGUUCAGAGAAGAGAGCAUCGAGGAAGAUCUUGAGGUGUACGACGGAAGGAACCGGAUGAUGGAAGACCAGAUGCGUCGGGAUGAGAGGGCGUGGAGUGGAGAGGAUAUCCUACUACCGGAGAAGCCACGAGAGCAUCCCGAUGUGUCAAAAAUGUAGUGCACCGGAGGAAAAUAAUACAAAAUACACGAUCAGCAUCCCCGAAAUAAUGAUGCGAAAGAGCUCUACGCCAACUGUAGGCGCGAACAAACCCUUUCGUUGAAGAAAAGUAGGUUUGAGCACGCGUAAACCAGUGGCUGUCACCAGAAUGGGAUGUUGAUACAUGCCUAUUUCCGAGGCGCUUGUUGAGUCGAGUAUUGAGCUCCGUUCAUACCAGCUGCUGUGCCAUGCUCUUGUUGUGGCUGUGAUUGUAGCUCGCGUGUGUCGUUGGUCAAUGCACAUUGGAAAAACUAGAAGUAACGACCAAGCGUUGGACAACGUA